UCCUCACUUUAUACAAAAUUUAAAAGGCAAAAUAAUAAAGCAAAAGAAUGGACGAGAAUAUCGCAUUAGAUUGCAAAAAUGUUCAUUUUUGCUGCAUUUCAUUGAUAAAUGGUAAAAAAGUUUUUGUGAAAAGUGUCUGGAAGGGUACGGGAAUUGAUUUGCUCUUGAUCUUCGAGGAGACAUCCCCGAAAAUUGCAUGGACGGGCUUCCUUGCAAAUUGGGAGGUAGAGAGCAAGGCUCAAGACUUGGAAGUACCGCCUGAGGAAUUCUUCAGGAGUACCAAAUUAGCUCUAACUACGGCAGCUGAUAAAUUCCAUUACGACUUCUCCGAGGAGAAUAAUGAAUUUACCUGGACACAUGUUGAGGAUGUAAAGAUUCUCUACGGGUCUGUCCGGAUGACGAAGCUGCCGGAAGUCCCAGAGGCUGAUAUUCGUACAUCAAUGAUGGAUGUAAUUAUUGAGUUAAGGAAGCAAUUGGAGGUCAAGACAACAGAACUGAAGGAUCUGCAGCGAAUCUAUGGGAAGUGCUCUGAGGAAUUUAAGGAAUUCAUCGAGAAGAGUAAUGAGAGGGAAAAUGUUAUGCUGUCGAAGAUGGUUUUGCUGCUAAAUAGCAAAAAACGCCACAUUGCAUCCUUGGAGGAUGGUUUAAAGGUCAAUUCAUCGUCACAGAAUACAUCAAUGAGGAGCAUUGAACUUGAGCAGCAUCCUGUAAAAAAAUCCCAGAAGGAUUCACAAGAUUCCAAUGCUAGUUCACAGGAAAUUAACCUUUUAAGUUUGCCCAAGAGGCAGAAGGUAGCGGAGAAGCCUAGAACAAGGUUACAGCUGCAAAAGGACAAAGACGAAAUGCAGACAACGCCAGAGGAGCCAUCAGGAAGCAAUGUUUACGACAAGGAUACGUUAGAUUUGGAUUUAAUCAAUUAAAUUUAUUUAUAUACCGAAUGUGUUGGAAACUAGCUGACCUAGCUUGGGUUUUUCCUCUUUUUUAGGACCUACAGAUAUAAUUUCUUGUUUUUCUUUUUUUAGAAUUAAAAUGUAGAGUCUAGAAAAAAUAAUAAGAUGGAACAGCAAUAAGCAAAUAUGUAUACGAUGCAAAUUAGACUAACUAGCACAUAACACAUAGAUUUUCUUUUGAUCUCUUAUCAUAGAAAAUUCUCUCUAUUUUAUUGAGAUACAGAAUAAAGAGAAAAAAUAUUUUCUACUUUUUAUAAUAUAUGUAUAUAAAUUAUAAAAUACAAUGUACUUUAAAAAAAAAUGAAAAAUUAGUUUUUUUUUUACUUCUUCAAGUUUUAUUUUCUCUUGGCCAUUGUGCAUUGUCACGGAUUUUUCUUGCAAAAUUAUUUUGCAAAAAAUAUUUUUUUUUAUUAAAUUAACAGAACGUGCGCCAAUGCUAAAAAAAAUUAAUUAAUAAAAAAACAAA